ACUCCACCAGCGCUCUGUCCUACAAAGACCGCGGUGCCUGGCAACAAGAGACGUGAUGACGUCCACUCAGAUUGCGUAUUAUGGGAUGUGCGGAAUUAAACAGCCUCGGAGAGAACGAAAAGAGGGAAGCGAGAAAUAAUAACAGCGGCUAAAAAUCGGCGUGUUUGCAUGGUGAAUCAUGGAGCUGUCGGCUGUCGGCGAGAGCGUCUUCGCAGCCGAGUCCAUCAUCAAACGGCGGAUCAGACGGGGUCGCUGGGAAUAUCUGGUGAAAUGGAAGGGCUGGUCUCAGAAAUACAGCACUUGGGAGCCGGAGGAAAACAUUCUGGACGAGCGGCUGUUCGCCGCCUUCGAGGAGAGAGAGCGUGAAAGGGAGCUGUUCGGGCCUAAAAAGAGGGGACCCAAACCAGAGACUUUUCUCCUGAAGGCCAAAGCAAAAGCUAAAGAGAAGACGUAUGAUUUCAGAAGAGAAACUCCAAGAAGUAUCCAGGUUUCCUAUCCCAUCCCGGAGCCAGUCAUAACUCCACGAGCCCGUGAGGGAUUACGAGCCGUGGUUCCAACCAUCUUCCCUCCGAGUGCGAUCAACAGAGGAGAAAGCGUCCCGAUCCGAUCCCCAGAGCCGGAGAGGAGGCCUAGACCUGCUAUGACGGAAGCUCUCUUUGACCAGGAGUCCGGUCGGUUUCCCAGAAAGCGAGGGCGCAAGCCAAAGUUUCAUCCACAUUAUGAUCCACAUGAUCCCAGCAUCUCAGCGGAGCCGGUCUCCAAGCGGAGCAGGUCACUGGAUGAGCAGUCCAUCACAUCUCGACGCCUGCAUUAUCAUGGGGAGACAUCAGAACACAGCCUCUUACAGCUGACCAAGAGGUUUCAGGAGGAGACUACGAUCACGCCAAAACCCAGCAGUGAGCAGAGAUAUGCAGGGAUGUCGUACACGUGUGCCUUGAGUCCAGGCAUGCGUAAAAGUGAUCAGGAAGGACACAGAACUUACAGUUUGAACAGGAUGCAUUUUCCCAAACACAGCGAGCUGAAGCGCUCUGCAGAGGAGCUGCCCUCACAGCCUGACCCGUCCGCCCCCUCAGCUCCAACCUGGACCCCUUGUUUCACCAACUGGGACACUGUGACAGUGACGGAUGUCACUAUGAACCUGUUGACUGUGACCAUAAGAGAGAGCAGCACUGCUAAAGGCUUUUUCAAAGAUAAAAGAUGAGUAUUUUCCUGUUGUAGUUCCCAGUGGAAUAUUAACGCGCAACUAACACAGGCCUACUGCCAGACUAUAUCUUUUCUAUGUAACUUUCAGAACGUGUACAUACAGAUAUUUAAUAUGCUGCUGGAGAAAAUAAAACAAAAU